GCGCUCCCAGUCGCCGGCGCAGGCGACGGGCUUCCGCUUCCCGUCGCGAUGGCGCGGCCCGGGGCAGCGCGGCGCCUGUAGCUGCUCGGCCCGCCUGCCCUUCUCCUUCGCCUGCCCCUCGCCUCUUAUGGCGGCCCCGCACGCCGAGAAGCUGGAGGGCGGAGUCGGGCCCGCCCCGCCGCCGCCGGGCCCCCCGCCCCCGCCGCCCCCCACGGGCAGCAUAUCCGCAGGCCCGGGUCGCAAGCAAGGCAAGGCCGGCCUUCAAAUGAAGAGUCCUGAGAAGAAACGCCGCAAGUCCAACACACAGGGCCCCGCCUACUCCCACCUCUCGGAGUUUGCCCCGCCGCCGACCCCCAUGGUCGACCACCUGGUGGCUUCCAACCCCUUCGAAGAUGACUUUGGGGCCCCCAAAGUCAGCUCGGCCGCGGCUCCUUUCCUUGGCAACCCCGGACCCUUUGGGAACUUCCGCAUGCAAGGGGCCAUGGGCCCCCAGGUGCCCCCGGGCUAUGGGGGAGGCCCGCAGCCCAUGAGGAGGCAGCCUCCCCCCUUCGGCCCUGGCCAGAUGGGCCCAGCGUUCAACAUGCCCCCCCAGAACGCUGGCUACGUCCAGCCUGGCGGGAUGGGCUUUGGUGGGCAGCCCUUCGGACAGCCCCUGGGACAGAACUUCAGCCCUCCCGGGGGGCAGCUCAUGCAAGGACCCAUGGGGGGCUUCGGGCCCAUGAUCUCGCCAACCAUGGGGCAGCCCCCACGGGGGGGAGACGUGGGCCCGGGGCCCGGCCUCAACCCCCCCGGGGGCCCUCCGAUGGCCCAGCGCUUCAGCCAGCCAGGCAACAUAUUCGGACAGUCGCCAAUGCCACGCCCUAACCAGAACCUCCCCAACCUCCCGCCCAAUCCCAGCCCCUUCCCCGGACCUGACCCAGGCUUCACUCCUGGCGGCGAAGACAAUGGGGGCGGCAAGCCCCUCAACCCCCCCUCCAAUGCCUUCAGCCAGGACCCGCACACGGGCUCGCCGGGGGCUGCCGUGAACGGCACCCAGCCCCCGUUCGCCCCCAACAGCGCGGGGCACGGCGGCACGGGCACCCCCGAGGCCAACAGCCUGCCACCCCCUCCCGGCAAGGCGGCCGGCAACUCCGGCCACCAGCCCCCGCCCGGGCUGGUAUACCCCUGUGGGGCCUGCCGCAGCGAGGUAAACGACGACCAGGACGCCAUCCUGUGCGAGGCCUCCUGCCAGAAGUGGUUCCACCGGGAGUGCACGGGCAUGACGGAGAACGCCUACGGGCUGCUGACCACCGAAGCCUCAGCCGUGUGGGCCUGCGACUACUGCCUCAAGACCAAGGAGAUCCAGUCGGUCUACAUCCGGGAGGGCAUGGGGCAGCUGGUGGCCGCCAACGACGGCUGAGCCGGCCUUGGGC